AUGAUUGUGUUCUGGAUCACACUGCUUCUCUUCCAUCAGGCGUAUCCGCUGAUUCCAGUGAAAACAGUUCAAGUUGGUGAACCUGUGACCUUAACGUGCGUUACUUCUGGGGAAUCAACGGAAAUAAUCUACUGGUUCAAGCAGAGUGCCGGGGAAACUCUGAAAUUAAUCGUGACACUGAACACAUUUGGAAUGCCUAAUUAUGAGCCAGAGUUUUCAGCUUCAAGAUUUGAUGCAAACAUUCACAAGAAUAUGAGCAAUCUGACCAUUUUUAGAACAACUCAAGAAGAUGAGGGGAUUUAUCACUGUGGAGUAUUGGUCUGGAAAGUGCCAACUUGGAGUUCAACCUAUUUGUCAUUAACAGGACACCCUCCGAGGACAUCAAACUUGACUGUUGUUCAGUCGUCGACAGUCUCUGAUCCAGUCCGUCCAGGAGACUCGAUGACUCUGCAGUGUUCAGUCCUCUCUGACUCUGAGAAUAAAACAUGUCCAGGAGGUCACAGUGUGUACUGGUUCAGAGCUGGAUCAAAUAAAUCUCAUCCAGACAUCAUCUACACUGAUGAAAACAGACGUGGUGAAUGUGAGCAGAGAUCUGACACUCAGAAAAGUUGUGUUUAUCACCUCUCUAAGAGCGUCAGCUCCUCUGAUGCUGGGACUUACUACUGUGCUGUGGCCACAUGUGGACAGAUCUUAUUUGGAGAUGGAACAAAAGUGGAAAUCGUGAAAACUCAUCCAGAAUGGAUUGCCAUGGGGAUAUUAAUAGUCUGCUUGUUCAUUUCUGUUGUUGGAAACGUUGUCCUCUUAUGCAAACAAAAAGUGCUUCAGCAACUUAAAGGAUUGGAAAGUGAAAUUUCAGAAGCACAAGCUGACAGCGCAUGCCUACAAACUGGUGCUGAUGAUGAAUUGAACUACGCUGCACUGAAUUUUUCUGCAAAAAAAUCAAGAGGCAGAAAGAAGAGAGAGUUAGUGGAGGACGGGGUGUACGCUCAAGUUAGAUGCUGACACUGUUAAAGACGAUCAAUCUGAACCCUGCAUCCAAUUGCUCGAUUAUCAGGGAAAUAUUAAGCCCAUAAUAUAUUUUGUUGCAUAUUUUACUUUUAUUUCCAUCAUUAUUGUUGUGUGAGAAUAAACUGUAC